AUGGCAACAGUUGAAGAGAUCAGAAAAGCCCAGCGGGCCGAGGGUGUAGCCACCAUCCUAGCAAUUGGCACUGCCACGCCAUCCAACUGCAUCUUCCAAUCUGACUAUCCUGACUUUUACUUUGGAGUCACCAACAACAACCACACGACAGAGCUCAAACACAAAUUCAAGCAAAUUUGUGACAAAUCAAUGAUCAAGAAACGUUACAUGUACGCGACAGAAGAAGUGUUGAAGGAAAAUCCAAGCUUGUGUGCCUACAUGGCUACAUCGCUAGACGCACGUCAAAACAUCGCCGUGGUAGAAGUACCUAAGCUAGGCAAAGAAGCCGCAACAAAGGCUAUCGAAGAAUGGGGACAGCCCAAAUCCAAGAUCACCCACCUCGUUUUUGGCACCUGCUCAAGUGUAGACAUGCCUGGUGCUGACUACCGACUUACCAAGCUCCUUGGUCUAAGUCCUUCGGUCAAAAGGGCCAUCGUUUAUCACAACGGUUGCUUUGCUGGUGGCAAAGCGCUCCGUCUCGCCAAGGACUUAGCUGAGAACAACAAGGGUGCACGCGUUCUUGUUGUCUGCUCCGAAGUCUUAUCUCUCUUUUUCCAUGGGGUGUCUGAUCAAAUCGAAGCGGACUACCUGGUGGCAUCGGCUAUUUUCGGUGAUGGCGCUGGAGCUGCAAUCGUAGGAGCUGAUCCUGAUACCCUCAUUGAACGUCCAUUAUUCCAACUCGUUUCGUCUUCUCAGACAAUUCUACCUAAUUCAGAGGGUACCAUCGAGGGACAUUUACGUGAAGUUGGAUUAAUUUUACGCUUAUCUAAGCAAGUACCAACGUUGAUCACAAACAAUAUAGAGAAGAACAUUAUUGAAGCGUUUAACCCAAUUGGCUCGAUCAGCAACUGGGACUCAAUCUUCUAUGUUGCUCACCCCGGUGCGCCGGCCAUUCUUAACCAAUUGGAAAGGAACCUAAAUCUCAACAAACACAAACUCAGGGCAUCUCGCCAUGUGCUGAGUGAGUAUGGCAACAUGUCAAGUGCAGCUGUGUUCUUUGUGUUGGAUGAGAUGAGAAACAAGUCUGUGGAGGAAGGGAAAUCAACCACGGGUGAAGGGUUAGAGUGGGGUGUUCUUUUGGCGUAUGGGCCUGGUAUAACUACGGAGACUAUUGUGCUGCAUAGUGUCCCCAUAAAACCAUCUCAUUGA